AUGGCCCCCGUCGAUCCCCGAGUCCGGGUCAUCGUCGACAAGCUCAUACCCCCCGAAGCCUCCCUCGGCACGAAUCAGCUACCUUGCACGGUGUACAAGACGGUCCCGCACUACUCUAUCAAAAGCUAUGGCGCCACGAAUCAAGACACGCUGGGGAAAGUGUUUGGUGUGUGUACCUUACCAGGACACUUGAAAUGCAGGAACCACCUCAAACCGGCGACGAUACAGAUGUCGAGUGAGGUUGCCGACGAUAUGCGGAAGCGUAUUGCUGAGCUCGACCCGCCCGCCCGACUUGGUGGGACGUACUACCUGAGGCCACGACCUGCCUUGGAACGGCCUCGCCCUGCCGUUCGAAGACGCCGUGCUGCGAGACCGCCGCUGGAGACGACGACAGUGGAUGCAUACAUCUACAUAGAGGCAGGGGACAUUCCGAUCUGCAUACCACUUCUGUGCUCUGUAGAAGACGACGAAUGGCUCACAGUGCACUUCCGCCAGUUCAUCACCUGCGACGUCCUUGGAAUCACGCCUCGCCAAACCAACAUCCCCUUCGAGCAUUACGACGCUCAUGUGGGACGUUUCGUGACGCAUCCACCUCCUCACGAAAAGCGCUACGUCGACCGCAACGAGGUCCUCGUGUACCGGGCAUCAGGCGUGGCUAACUGUCCAGGUGUUGAAGAACUCGCCGCGCGUCAUAUCAUGCCCUUCCACGCCCCGCCUUUGCCCUCCCUACUCGAGCAUUUAGACGAACAUCCGUACAGCGACGAUGACGCGACCCGCGCCUCGUCCCCGGAGCGUUUCCGGCCCUCAGCACACAGCGACGGCCUGGAGAUCAGGUACUCGUCCCCUGGUCGAGCUCUGCUCACCGAUCCGGUCUCAGAGCCUCCCAGUAGCCCGUCGACCUCGCAAACGUCUUCCUCUCGCCUCGGAGCAAGCUCCGCGCGGACGGCUAUUGCCUCCCUACGGAACGUCUCGUCGGGACGCAAGCGAAAGCGCGAGGACGAUCCGGGAUCGGCGCGUAAACGCGCCAAAGGGAAGCAGCACAGGCACGAGGACGAGGGGUACGAGGGAGUGUGGGAGGUUGUGGAUAACGACCUCGAAGUUCGCGUAGACUAG